AUGGUUUCCGCAUUUAUGAGUCGGGAUCAUGCGUUCUACGAACUUCUCGCGCUCGUUUUAUGGGACGAUAAAAGCCUGUGCUGUCUCUCCUCGGACCGCAUUGCCUUUCCAGGCAGGGCGAUCGGCCACGUCCAGCUCGUUGAGGUUGAGACCGGCAAUGUCAGCAUCAUAACCGCGCACACGUCGGCGCUGCGAGCGAUGGCCUUGAGCCAGGAUGGCGAGUUGCUGGCUACGGCGAGCGAGAUGGGAACCAUCAUCCGCGUCUACGCAACAUCCAACUGUGCUCGACUAUACGAGCUGCGCCGCGGUAUCGACAAAGCCAUCAUCUUCUCCAUCAGCUUCAGUCCCUCUGGCAGGUAUCUAGCCUGCACCUCCGACAAAUCGACACUCCACGUUUUCGACGUGACUCGCCCCGGCGGCACAAGACCGAUUACUAGCAACGGCGGCACUGCCUAUGCCGCCGGCGAACCUCCAGUCACGAGCAACAACCGCCCUUCUAGCCCUUACUCCGUCGCAUCAAGCAGUGGCGGCGGCGGCGGCGGCGGCGGCGUCAUGGUCAAUAGCAGCAAUGGCGGUUCAGACAUGGCCGCUGACGAUGGACAAGGUCGCUGGGGCUUCCUCUCCAAACUCCCUCUCAUGCCGCGCAUCUUCUCAGACCCAUACUCCUUUGCCUCCGCCAAGUUCGAGAUGGCUGACGAGCCCGUGUCCAACGGCAGCCGCGAGCCGCUCACGCGCGACGGGGGCCCAGCCAUCAUCGGGGGCCCGCUCAAGGGCAAUCUGGGCUGGAUCAGCGAGACGGAGAUGGUGGUCAUUGGAGCUGGGAGAGACCCCAAGUGGGAGAAGUUUGCGAUCCAGGAGGGCGGGCAGCAGGAUGGGUAUCAGGGUGGAGGACGCCGGCUGGUCAGGGUUGGGUGGAAAAGAUAUGGUGGGGAGACGCCUUAG